AUGGCGACCUUCGUGCCUGUGGCUCACAAGGUGACAUGGUCAGCCUCCAUCGCUUCGCCGGCUUCGGUUCGGCCAACCCACAGGUCUGGCAGAGCUGACGGAGGCUCAUCUCAGAGCACGUGGGCCUUGGUCACUGCCCUUGCCGUCUCAGCUGGAGCCAAUCGAAAAAGGAACGAGCAUCGACUAAGAGGGCUUGCAAUGGAAGCAAAAGGCUUUGCCACUGCAGAAUGGAUGGAAGAUACCAACGAACAGAUUGCAACUAGGGGAAGUUCUUCGUCAUCCAGUUCAUCCUCGUCCACCAGCCUUACUACCAAAAGGCCAUCUUCCUCAUCACUGUCUUUGUCCGAUGGGAGGAAGCGCGUCUUUGACCCAGAUGUUCUGCGCAGUCCAUCGGGGGAGAUUUUGAGCGACGGUGAUGCUCCUCAACCAGAGGGCGCACAGGAGCUCUUCAACUGGAUGGAGGAUAGAGGUUGCACAGGCCUGCAGGAUGUCCAGUUGCUCUUGGGUGGUGGAGUGGCUUUGCGACGAAAGUGCCAAUGUGGCCCACUGAAAGAAGGGCAGGAGAUCUUUUGCAUCCCAAAGGAUGCCUGGCUGAUGCCCGAGGCCGGGUCGGGCUUGGAGGCGCUGGCAUGGCGACUGCUGCGAGAGGUGUGGGCGGAGGAGGAGUCUAGCUUCGCGCCUUUCGUCCGCCACUUGCGUGGGCAGGACAUGUCCUCGCAUCCCAUCUUCUGGGAGGAGGAUGAGGUGGAGUGGUUGAGACCAAGCUUGGAAGGCUAUGAGUUAGUUAAACCGCUGCGAGCCCGAACGGAGGAGAGGUUGGCGCGCUUGCUUGCACGAGUUGCAGCAGAGGCGCCAAAGGUGUGGGAGAACUUUGAAGGCCGAGAGGAGGCCUUGGCCGAUGAAAUCCGAUGGGCGCUGGCCACUGUUGAGACCAAGAGUAUCAAAGCCAAGGAUGCUGAAGGCGAGGCUCUGGUGGCGUUGUGUCCCCUGCUUGGUGAUUUUCGACUGGAUGCCAAAGGCCCUCAUGGCAAAGGGCUCCUGAGCUUUGAGACGGAGGGCGACAGGUGCAACUCUGCGGCUGUCGAGUUAGUCGUUGUCUCGGCACUGGUGGAGAGACUGGGCCCCGUGAUUGGUGCUGUCUUGGGCAGUGUCCCUCACGUGGCGGUGGUGGGCAGCGUCGGCUUCUUUCUACAAACCGCUUCAUCGGACGAGUUCAGAAUCGCCAUGCUGUCUAUGCCGUUGGGGAUGCUGUGCAAUAGCCUCUUCACCAUGGCGAUCUCCAUCAGCGCGCGACUGCUGCCACAGCAUUGCAUUCAGAGCCCAAAGGGCCGACUUUUCUUUUGUGUGGCCUGUGGUUUCCUAAGUUAUGUCAGUGGACUCGCAGCGAUCAUGUUUGGUCUACGGCCGAAGGAGCAGUCCAUGCAGGUUGCCUGGCUUGCAGCAGCCGCUGCCUUUGUGCUGGAGCUGCUCGUCGGCAUUCUGCUGGUGUGUGUGGCUCCAAGCACCUCAAAGAGUGGGCCAAAACCCCGUACAAGUUUUUCCAUUUUGGUGGCACGUGGGCUGGUCACCUUUUGCAUUUUCUUUGGGGCAGUCGCAGUGGCACGAUCUUUGCCAGCACUCGCUGGGAUUCUGGCAAAUUUGCCGCUCGUGACAACAAUGAUCCUUGUUGUCAUAUGGACGUCCCAGGGCGAGGAUGUAACUUUGGGGUGCUUGGGCCCAAUGACACUUGGAAUGCUCUCCGCCUCUGGCUAUUCCAUGCUCUCGAGUGAGCUGAUGUUGCUGUGGCACCCAGUUCUUGGCUGUGUCGUGAGCUGGCUUCUAUCCCUCGUGGUGGUCACCAAACCCACUUUGGUGGUUUUAGAGCAGUUGAACAAGCAGAAAGAGCGGAAAGACAAGUCCAAAGGAUAUGAUCCGGAGGCCAUCAGGACCUCCGAAGGGUCUUCAUCCGCAGAAGGAAGCACCAGCAGCAGCUGCUAA